CUGGAAGCAUGUGAAAUGUUUACUUUAACUACACGCAAUUCAAAGAGGAAGUCAUCCUCUGCAGGAACCUCGUUGUAAAGCCAGACAACCGAAAUACGGGCUGCGCCCUCGCCCGCCCUCCGUAGGACCAACCCCGGGACACGAUUUGUAUCGAAAUCACUUUCGCAUCGGGAUUAGCGGAGAGUGGGUGACAUGGCUGCAGGUCCUGAGGUGUCCAUUUUUCUAAAAGCCCAGCGCAGAGGCUACGAGGGAUUUAGCGAAGAGGCAGAAAGCAGUUGGAAGGGGCCUUUCUACUUCAUUCAAGGAGCCGAUCCACAGCUUGGCUUAAUGAAAGCUUGGAAGGUUGGAGACUGUGAUAAUGGAGGAGAUGAAUGGCAGGAGGAGAUCCAGCUCACAGAACAAGCAGUAAAGGCCAUCAAUGCGCUGAAACUUAAACCCAAGUUCUUUGUACUCUGUGGAGAUCUAAUUCAUGCAAUGCCAGGUACUCCUUGGAGUGAAAGGCAAAAAGAUGACCUCAAGAAUGUUCUGAAAUGUAUCGACCCCAACGUUCCUUUGGUUUUUGUCAGCGGCAACCAUGACAUAGGCAAUUCCCCAACCCCAGACACUGUUUUAGAAUAUUGCAAGAACUGGGGUGAUGAUUACUUCAGCUUCUGGGUUGGCGGGGUACUGUUUCUCGUGCUGAACUCGCAGUUUCUUUGUGACGCCUCCGGUUGCCCUGAGUUAAAGCGAGCCCAUGAUGAGUGGCUAAAUGAACAGCUUGCUGCAGCUCAGACCAAGAAAAGCAAACAUGUGAUUGUGUUCCAGCACAUCCCUCUGUUUCUCCAGAGCCCUGAUGAAGAAAACGGAUACUUCAACUUGGAAAAGUCCAUGCGGCUGGAUCUUUUGCAGAAAUUUCAGGAAGCAGGUGUGAAGGCUGUCUUCUCUGGCCAUUACCAUCGGAACGCCGGUGGCAAGUUUAAUAACCUGGAUAUGGUAGUGACUUCGGCCAUAGGCUGUCAGCUGGGACCGGACAAGCAUGGUGUGCGGGUGGUAGCAGUGACAGAGAACCACGUCCAUCACAAAUACAUCAGUCUGGAUGAACUCAGUGAUGUUACAGUGAACGAGGUGAUCUCCCACCAUAGUGAAGAAAACGUUCCAAACCUCCACCGACACUGAAUAGUGGUGAGAAUGGGCAGUUGAGGACCAUCAGUGGAUAAAUUUAAACAUCUGCUGAAGUUUGUUGAUUUACUUUAAGAUGUUAUAAAGUCAGAGCUUCCAUAGUGCAAAUCUACCAAAUUGUUUUACUAUAUUUUUUUAGACAGAUGACUGUUAUUUUAAGCAGUUAUGGGUAUAAUUUUCAGGCUCUUUGUGGCUCUAUUUUUGCUAGUGACUGUGUCAUCGCUGUCAGCUGUCAUCACUUGAAUUCAUGAUGUAUACUUGGCUCUCUAUACAGUCUGUCACACUCUGAAGUGUCGCAAAUAAUAAAAGAAAUAUAAGCAAGAAAAGCCAAAAAUACAGCUUAAUUAGUAAAAGUGGUAGUAAGGAUUUGGUGUUCAUUGUUAGGUAAUCAAUUAAAAAAAAUUACAGCAAUUUUCUUCUGACACAAGGCACGAUUUCACAUGUGGUACAAUUUAAUGAUCACUUCAGAGGCUUGCCAUUGGACAGAAUCUCAGGCAGACACUUGGGUAUGUGUCCAACCAGAGUGUUAAUUGGAUGUCGCUGUGGUAACAAGGCAGCUUGAGCCCAUUGUUACUUUCAUUACAGUCUGGUUAUAAAUGCAAAAAAACCCCUGAAGUUUUUAUACUCCCCCAUAAUUCGGAAAACAGUUCCACACAUGGGAAAUGUUUUGGGGUCGGUAUCAGCACAAACUCAAUGCUAUUGUGUGCGGUCUGUUGUUUCCAAUGUAAUCAGACUGGUAGGUUUCUGGACACUGACUGCAAAAUUGUUGCUGUAUCAAUGAGCUUGUGAGGACAACAAUAACGGUUAUUACUCUACUGCGGCAUUGAGAGUGUAUCACGUGAUCCGAGAAGUCAUCUUCAAGACAGCAUGUCGAUAAAUACAACACAAAGGAAAAAGCUUUAUCUGGUCAUUAUCAGACUUCUCUUUGAGGGCAUUUUUGCUUUGCAGUUUCUAUACAGUAGCUGCAUGUUUCGUGAAUGACAACAGUGUGGACACCUCUGCGAUCGUGGAGGAAUCAGAUCAGUGUAACCAUGACAUUUCUAUAACUCUUCACAACAGCGAUUCUGUCUUUAGUUCAGCUGAAUUAUACAAAAUAGCAAAGUGUAAGUCAAUUUCACAAGAAAUAGAACAAUUUCUGGAGGAAUGCUGGUUGCAUCUGUGGAGGCAAAAGGAUGGUGUUUCGGGCCAGGACUCUGCAUCUGGUCCUUCAUACCCGUAUUCACUGCUUGAGACACUGAGCUGCUCCAGCAAUUUGCAGAUGCUGGAAUCUGGAGCAAGACACAAUCUCUCGUGUCACCACUUAAAUUUCCCAAUGCGCUAUUAUGGGACCAUAAGAUACAGGAGCAGAAUUAGGACAUUUGGCCCAUCAGGUCUGCAUCUCCAUUUCAUCAUGGCUGAUCCAUUUUCCCUCUCACGCCCAAUCUCCUGCCUUCUCCCUGUAACCCUUCAUGCCCUGAUUAAUCAAGAAUCUGUCAACCUCUGCCUUAAAUAUACCCAAUGACCUGGCCUGUGGCAACGAAUUCCACAGAUUCACCACUUACCAUGUUGUGAUCUCUCCAGUACGUACUCAUAAUUUCCAUUACUUUAACUCCCAGCAUGGAUCAUAGAUGUGUAAGUAACACUGCUUGAUCAUUUAAUCAGACAAGUGGAGUGGGUAUCAGUAUUGGAAGAAUCCAAGUAUUCUGAUACUUCAACAUGGAAACGCUAGCUUUAGAAAUUUAUGCCUGAUAACAUUUGAGAAAUAAUAUUAAAAAAUCACAAGACUUUAUUGAAGUUAGUGUAGCGCAACAGCCCAAAACUAAUUUUUACAUGCUUUCUUAAGCUUAGCAUAUGCUGUCAGUAGAAAUGGAUUCAAGUUUUAAGCCAGCAUAUUAUAUAUAAUACAUGCUUGGAAUUCUAUUUACAUGAGAAAUAGAGCCUGAACUAGGCCAUCUGGUCCUUUUGGGCAUGCUACACCUUUUAUCAAGUACAUGUCUGAUUUUUUUAACCUUAUCACCAUCCUCAUAACCCUCAAUGUUUAAAAAGUCUCAAUUUCUGUUUUGAAUGAGUUCAUUGUCUAGAAUUCUCAAAGUCUAUCUUAAGAUUCACUGCAACACACACAAAAGGGUGGUGGAACGCUGCAGGUGAAUCAGCAUCUAUGAAAAUGAAUAAAGCAUCAACAUUUCGGGCCAAGGACUGGAAAGGAUGGGGGAAGAUGCCAGAAUAAAUAGGUUGGUGGAAGGGAACGAGGACUCUCUAGAAGGUGAUAGGUAAUACCAGAUGGGUGGGAAAGGUGAAGGGCUGGAGAAGGAGGAAUCUGAUAGGAGGGGAAAGUGGACCAUAGGAGAAAGUGAAGACAGAGAGGCACCAAGGUGAAGAGGUAAGAAAUCAGAGUGUGGAAUAGAAGAAGAGGGAAGGGAGUAGGGGAAAAGAUUAUCAGAAGGAGAAAAUGAUGUUCAGGCCAUCAAGUUGGAGGCUACCUACAUGGAAUAUGAGGUUUACUCCUCCAUUCUGAGAGUGGCAAGGCAGGAGGCCCAUGGAGCGACAUGUUGGAAUGCGACUGGGGGUAGGAAUUAAAAUGGUUGGCGACCAGAAACUUCCACUUUCAGCAGAUGGAGCAGGAGUGCAUGACGAAACAUUUCUCCAGUUUAUUUUGGGUCUCACUAAUUUAGGGGCAACUGCAUCAGGAGCACUGGAUACUUUAGAUAACCCCAACAGGUUCGGAGGUGGAGUGUUCCCCCACCGGGGAGGGCUGCUUGGGGCCCUGAAUGGAGGUAAGGGAGGAGACAAGGUAGUUCUGUUGCUUGCAGGGAUACGUGCCAGAUGGGAAAUUAAUGGAGAGGGCUGAAUGGACAAGGGCAUCACAGAGGGCAUGAUCGCUGUGGAAAGUGGCAGUGGGGGACAUAGGGAGAUAAAGAUGUGAUUGGUGGUAGGAUCCCAUUGAAGAUGGCGGAAGUUGCAGAGAAUGAUUUGUUGGAUGGUAGGUGAGGACAAGAGGAACUCUAUCACUGCUAAGACGGCGGGAAGAUGGGGUGAGCGCGGAUGUCUGGGAAAUGGAGGAGAUGUGGGUGACGACACCAUCAAAGGUGGAGGAAGGAAGACCCCGUUCUUUAAGGAAAGCCUCAUCCUGGGGAUAGAUACGGCAGCGACAAAGGAACUGAGGAAAGGGAAUAGUGUUUUUACAGGAGACAGGGCGGGAAGAACUAUAGUCAAGAUAACUGUGGGAAUGGUAGGUUUAUAAAAGAUGUCGAAAGACCGUUUGACUCCAGAAUUGGAGGAAGAGAGAUCAAGAAAGGGGAGAAACAGACCAAGUGAAUUUAAGGGCAGGGUGGAAUAUGGAGGCAAAGUUGAUGAAAUUGACGAGCUCAGCAUGGGUGCAUGAAGCAGCAUCAAUGCAGACAUCAAUGUAGCACAGGAAGAGUUGAGGAGCAUGACCAGGGA